GGAACACCCAAGAGUCCCCACUGGCUCCUCCUCUGGCCUGGACAGGAUUUAAAACCAGGGAGGGAAGCUGAGCAGAGGAGAGAAGGAGGGUCGGCCUGGCACCGAGGUCUGCAGCGCGAGGGGCCGGGCUCCCAGUGCGCGAAGCGUUGGACGUGGUGCCCGGCAGCCACCGAGCACGUUGUAGCUGCCUCUCACAGCAGGAAGGGAGAGCCUGGGCUUGAGCAGGACACAGCCACUAGGAAAGGACUAGGCUUCCUGACUUCUUCAGUCUCGUACAAAUGCUUGUGAGUCUUGAGUUGGUCACAGAAGCCCACUGUCAGGAGGCAGCCCUGCAGCUCGGUUUCCAGGAGAGAGAGGCUAUGACAGCCCAGGUGAGAGGUGUUCUGGUGACUGAGUGCCCGUGAGUAAAUGUGAGUUGUGAACCAGGGCUCUUGUGGUCCGCCCGGACUCGGCUUGUUAGUGAUCAAGAAUGUGCCGUCCCAGAUCGGGGCUGGGGGCACUGGAGGAAAUGGGCUGGGGCGGGGGGUCUGCUGCCCGCUGACAGUGCUGAAGGCCCGCACUUCCUGCUGGCAGCAGAGGAGGCAACACCUAACAGCCUGCUCUGGCCCUGGGCCUGGCCUGACUGACAAACCAGGCCACCUGAGCACCGAUGGAUUUGAGGGUGACUGAGCCCCUCGGCAUGUGGGACUCUGUGCUCCUGCCUUGGAAGGGCCCCAAGAGGAAUCAGCCUUGGGUCCAGUCCCUAAGAGGCUCACAGUCUCCUGGGAAGACAAGCUGCGUACCAGAGUAACUCGAACACAAGACAAACUGUCAAGAGACCCACGGAGGGACAAUACAAUUCCCUGAAUACUUGGCAGAAGGAGAGCGAGUCUGCAGCUGGGGUGAGGUGGAGGGCGUGAGAGAAGACCUCAUGGAGAAGGCCUCCUCGAGGGUUUGCUUCCUGUCUCUCCAAGGAUGGGUCUCCAGGGGAUGUUCUGCUUCCCCCUGGGCCUCCUAUUUGGGUCUUUGCUCCUGGUGGCCUCGGCCCCGGCCACUCUCGAGCCUCAUGGCUGCAGUGACAGGGAGCAACAGGUCACCAUCAGCCACACCUACAAGAUUGACGUGCCCAAGUCCGCCCUGGUCCAGGUGGAGGCCAACCCCCAGCCUCUCAGUGAUGAUGGGACCUCACUCCUGGUCCCAGGGGAGGCCGAGGAACAGAACAUCAUCUUCAGGCACAACAUCCGCCUGCAGACGCCACAGAAGGACUGUGAGCUGGCAGGCAGCGUCCAGGACCUCCUGGCCCGGGUGAAGAAGCUGGAAGAAGAGAUGGCAGAGGUGAAGGAACGGUGUAGCGCCCAGCGCUGCUGCCAAGGAGCUGCCGGUCUGAGCCGCCACUGCAGCGGCCGCGGGACCUUCUCCCCGGAGACCUGCAGCUGCCGCUGCGAGCAGGGCUGGGAGGGCGCCGAGUGCGAGCGGCCCGCCUGCCCCGGGGCGUGCAGCGGCCAUGGGCGCUGCGUGGACGGCCGCUGCCUGUGCGACGAGCCCUACGUGGGGGCCGACUGCGCCUACCCCGCCUGCCCCGAGAACUGCAGCGGGCACGGCGUGUGCGUGCGCGGCGUGUGCCAGUGCCACGAGGACUUCACGUCGGAGGACUGCAGCGAGCGGCGCUGCCCCGGCGACUGCAGCGGCCACGGCUUCUGCGACGCGGGCGAGUGUUACUGCGAGGAGGGCUUCACCGGCCCCGACUGCGCCCAGGUGGUCCCCCCCCAGGGCCUGCAGCUGCUCAAGAGCACGGAGCAUUCCCUGCUAGUGAGCUGGGAGCCCUCCAGCGAGGUGGACCACUACCUGCUCAGCUACUACACGCUGGGGAAGGAGCUCUCUGGGAAGCAGAUCCCAGUGCCCAAGGAGCAGCACACCUACGAGAUCACUGGUUUGCAGCCUGGAACCAAGUACAUAGUCACCCUGCGCAACGUGAAGAAGGAGGUUUCCAGCAGCCCCCAGCAUCUCCUCGCCACCACAGAUCUUGCUGUGCUGGGCACUGCUUGGGUGACGGAUGAGACCGAGAACUCCCUCGACGUGGAGUGGGAGAACCCCCCGACCGAGGUGGACUACUACAAGCUGCGGUAUGGCCCCCUGACAGGGCAGGAGGUGGCCGAGGUCACUGUGCCCAAGAGCAGUGAUCCCAAGAGCCGAUAUGACAUCACUGGUCUGCAGCCCGGGACGGAGUACAAGAUCAGAGUUGUCCCCAUGAGAGGAGACCUGGAGGGCAAGCCGAUUCUCCUCAAUGGCAGGACAGAAAUUGAUAGUCCAACCAAUGUGGUCACCGAUCGAGUGACAGAAGACACGGCAAUGGUCACCUGGGACCCAGUCCAGGCUGUCAUAGAUAAGUACAUGGUACGCUACAUCUCCGCUGAUGGGGAGAGCAAGGACACAGCGGUACCCAAGGAGCAGAACAGCACCAUCUUGACGGGCCUGAAGCCGGGAGAGGCGUACAGAGUCUAUGUUUGGGCUGAGAAAGGCAACCAGGAGAGCAAGAAGGCCGACACCAAGGCCCUCACAGAAAUUGACAGCCCAACAAACCUGGUGACUGACCUGGUGACGGAGAACACGGCCACUGUCUCCUGGGACCCGGUGCAGGCCGUCAUUGACAGGUACAUGGUGCGCUACACCUCUGCUGAUGGAGACACCAUGGAGGUUCCAGUGGGGAAGGAGCAGAACAGCACCAUCCUGACGGACUUGAGGCCGGGCGUGGAGUACACGGUCCACGUGUGGGCCGAGAAGGGGGACCGGGAGAGCAAGAAGGCCGACACCAAGGCCCCAACAGAAAUUGACAGCCCCAAAAACCUGGUGACCGACCGGGUGACAGAGAACACGGCCACCAUCUCCUGGGACUCGGUGCAGGCCGUCAUCGACAGGUACAUGGUGCGCUACACCUCUGCUGAUGGAGACACCAGGGAGGUUCCAGUGGGGAAGGAGCAGAACAGCACCGUCCUGACAUACCUGAGGCCCGGCGUGGAGUACAUGGUCCACGUGUGGGCUGAGAAGGGGGACCAGGCGAGCAAGAAGGCUGACACCAAGGCCCCGACAGACAUUGACAGCCCCAAAAACCUGGUGACUGACUUGGUGACGGAGAACACGGCCACCAUCUCCUGGGACCCGGUGCAAGCCGUCAUUGACAGGUACAUGGUGCGCUACACCUCUGCUGAUGGAGACACCAGGGAGGUUCCAGUGGGGAAGGAGCAGAACAGCACCAUCCUGACGGACCUGAGGCCGGGCGUGGAGUACACGGUCCACGUGUGGGCCGAGAAGGGGGAUCGAGAGAGCAAGAAGGCUGACACCAAGGCCCCAACAGACAUUGACAGCCCCAAAAACCUGGUGACCAACCUGGUAACAGAGAACACGGCCACUGUCUCCUGGGACCCGGUGCAGGCCGUCAUUGACAGGUACAUGGUGCGCUACACUUCUGCUGAUGGAGACACCAGGGAGAUUGCAGUGGGGAAGGAGCAGAGCAGUGCCAUCCUGACGGACCUGAGGCCGGGCAUGGAGUACACGGUCCACGUGUGGGCCGAGAAGGGGGAUCGAGAGAGCAAGAAGGCCGACACCAAGGCCCUGACAGACAUUGACAGCCCCCAAAACCUGGUGACCAACCAUAUGACUGAGAACACAGCUGCUGUCUCCUGGGAUCCAGUACAGGCCGUCAUUGACAGGUACAUGGUGCGCUAUACCUCUGCUGAUGGAGACACCAGGGAGGUUCCAGUGCAGAAGGAGCAGAACAGCACCAUCCUGACGGACCUGAGGCCGGGCGUGGAGUAUACGAUCCACGUGUGGGCCGAGAAGGGGGACCAGGAGAGCAAGAAGGCCGACACCAAGGCCCCGACAGAAAUUGACAGCCCCAAAAACCUGGUGACCAACCAGGUGACGGAGAACACGGCCACUGUCUCCUGGGACCCGGUGCAGGCCGUCAUUGACAGGUACAUGGUGCGUUACACCUCUGUUGAUGGAGACACCAGGGAGGUUCCUGUGGGGAAGGAGCAGAGCAGCACCAUCCUGACUGGCCUGAGGCCGGGCAUAGAGUACAUGAUCCACGUGUGGGCCGAGAAGGGGAAUCAAGAGAGCAAGAAGGCCGACACCAAGGCCCCAACAGAAAUUGACAGCCCCAAAAACCUGGUGACCGACCAGGUGACAGAGAACACGGCCACCAUCUCCUGGGACCCGGUGCAGGCUGUCAUCGACAGGUACAUGGUGCGCUACACCUCUGCUGAUGGAGACACCAGGGAGGUUCCAGUGGGGAAGGAGCAGAACAGCACCGUCCUGACUGGCCUGAGGCCGGGCGUGGAGUACACGGUCCACGUGUGGGCUGAGAAGGGGGAUCGAGAGAGCAAGAAGGCCGACACCAAGGCCCCGACAGAAAUUGACAGCCCCAAAAACCUGGUGACUGACCGGGUGACAGAGAACACGGCCACCAUCUCCUGGGACCCGGUGCAGGCCGUCAUCGACAGGUACAUGGUGCGCUACACCUCUGCUGAUGGAGACACCAGGGAGGUUCCAGUGGGGAAGGAGCAGAACAGCACUGUCCUGACAGACCUGAGGCCGGGCGUGGAGUACACGGUCCACGUGUGGGCUGAGAAGGGGGACCAGGCGAGCAAGAAGGAAGACACCAAGGCGCUGACAGACAUCGACCCUCCCCAAAACCUUCGUUCGUCUGCUGUAACACAGUCUGGUGGGGUAUUGACCUGGACACCCCCCUCUGCUCAGAUUGAUGGCUACAUUCUGACCUACCAGUUCCCAGACGGCAAUGUUAAGGAGGCACAGCUCGGACGAGGGGACCAGAGGUUUCAGCUGCAAGGCCUUGAGCAGGGCAUCACCUACCCUGUCUCCUUGGUUGCCUUUAAAGGUGAUCGUCGGAGCAGGAGUGUGUCCACCAUCCUUUCCACAGUUGGCGCCCGUUUUCCACACCCUUCGGACUGCAGUCAAGUUCAACAGAACAAUGACGUCGCCAGUGGCCUAUACACCAUCUACCUGCACGGUGACGCCAGCCGGCCCCUGCAGGUGUACUGUGACAUGGACACGGAUGGAGGCGGCUGGAUUGUCUUCCAGAGGCGGAACACUGGGCAGUUGGAUUUCUUCAAGCGUUGGCGGGCCUAUGUGGAGGGCUUUGGGGACCCCAUGAAGGAGUUCUGGCUUGGACUUGACAAGCUACACAAUCUCACCACUGGCACUCCUACCCGGUAUGAGGUGAGAGUGGACCUACAGACUGCCAAUGAGUCCGCCUAUGCCAUAUAUGAUUUCUUCCAAGUGGCCUCCAGCAAGGAACGGUACAAGCUCACAGUUGGGAAAUACAGAGGCACAGCGGGGGACGCUCUUUCUUACCACAAUGGGUGGAAGUUUACGACUUUUGACAGAGACAAUGAUAUCGCCCUCAGCAACUGUGCCCUGACGCAUCAUGGUGGCUGGUGGUACAAGAACUGCCACUUGGCCAACCCAAAUGGCAGAUAUGGGGAGACCAAGCACAGUGAGGGGGUGAACUGGGAGCCGUGGAAAGGACAUGAAUUCUCCAUUCCUUAUGUGGAGUUGAAAAUCCGCCCUCAUGGCUACAGCGGGGAGCAUGUCCUGAACAGAAAGAAGCGGACACUAGGAGGAAAGACGAGAACAUUCUGAUGGCCCAUGUGAGAGAUUGUCACACGAGACAAGACCAGUCCCGGGUUGGGGCUGCGAAAGCUUGGGGUGGGGUGGGUAGUGGUGACUGGCUAAUGGACAUUUGAAGGAUGCUCAGGACCUCUAGUUUCUGAAAUGGCUGGAUAACCUGCAGGACAAAACGUGUCACCAAGCUUCAAACCAGAGAGGUUACUUUCUGUCCCCUGCAUUUUUGCCCAUUAUAUUGGGGGGCCUGAAAAUCAACACAAUAGUAGUUGCACAGUUGUGUGGGAAAGACAGCACUGGAACUGCAAGGUUUUUCAGCCUACCUUCAGCAACAAAUACAAGGAUUAGGGCAAAACAAACAAACAAACAAAAAAAAGAAUCAUCUAGCACCUCACCAACUGGAAAUCUCUGGGAGUUGGUAUGUAUAUAUUUAAAGCUCUGCUAAUACAAAUGUCUCUAGAAAGAAGCACCAAAGAGGGGUUCUCUUCAAUGACCAAGGUGCCGAGGUGGCCUGAUGCUCAUUACCUCCAUUACCACUGGGUUUUGACGAAAAAGGUGUAGAUCUUCCCCUUUUAAAAAAUUGCUGGUGUUAUGAGGAAGGAUAAAGGGAACCCAAAGGGACCCAGGUGGAUCCACAUUUAGCUGAGUUCUGACUAGUAUCCAGCCUGCUGGAGACCAAAGCUUCCAUGUUACCGCUAUUUUUAAGUGCCCCCUUUCCAGCUAUUUGCAUAAUCACUUUCAUAGAUCUGCAUAUGUUGUGAAUAAAUUCUCACUCAUUUCAACUUUAAAUAAUUUGACUCUCUUGAUAAUUGGUUCCUCCUAAAGCCUCUUCUUGUGACUCCCUUUCAUGGUGUGAAGUCCUAAGCCUCCCUCCUUUCCCCGGCCCCCACCUGGUUGGACCCCUGGCUUUUCUGCAAGCGCUCGGCACUGGGGGCUUACUGUUUGUUUGAAUGGACACUCAGCAAGGUCAGAUCCUUUCUGCUUAUCUUCCCAUCACUUUAGAAGGUUUUUCUGUAGUGAAGUCAGUGCCCACUGAAGUAACUUAAAUUCCUAUUCAAGGAAAAAAGAAAAUAAUAAACCGCUUGAUUUUUAA